CUAAUCUAUUUUUUUCCCUUCGCUGAUUAAUUAUAUUUUAGUUGACAAAGCUAUUCUAGCAUGCAGUGGACAAACUUAAGAAAUUCCGCAAUGCAUUUAAAAGAAAUAUUUUCAAUUAAAUUAUUAUUCAGUAUAAUUUUGGCAACAGGUUUAAUUGAGUCGUCUUAUGCGGAUGAAAACGAUGGAUAUUGUAACAUCAGUGGCGAACCAAGGCUAUGCGUUCCCCGUACCCAAUGCAAAAGUAAUAGAAAUAUUAUUCAUUUUUACGACAACAACUGCGACAGGGAUCCCAAUGGAAUCCGUCUGGUUUGCUGUUUACGUUCGCAUUUGUCAGUACCCGGCCCGGACAAACUACCUAUGAUUACUGUUGAUCUAACUAAAAAGAGUAUGGCCCACGAAAAGUGCGAUGAAUAUUAUCGAGCUAUAGGAGCGGUAACUUAUGGCGAGAAAGUCUUAAAGAAAGAAUUUCCAUUUAUGUUCGCUUUAGGAUGGAAAGCCAAAAACGACAACGAGACAAUCGUAUACAAAUGCGGCGCGAGUCUUAUCUCAGGCAGAUAUGUCCUUACGGCUGCUCAUUGCUUUUACGAUAACGACGGUUUACCUUCUGUUGUGCGAGCGGGUGGCAUAAGCCUUGCCGAUCCUCAUGUACGAAAUAUUAAAAUCGCUGAGUAUAUCGAACAUCCUGAUUAUGAAUAUCCAUCAUCCUAUAAUGACAUAGCAUUAGUCAAACUGGAUGAGCCGAGCCUUAUGUAUAAACCUCCAGCAUGUCUUUCGACACCUGAUCGUGAAGAUGAUCAUGCUAAUGUAAUUGUCUUAGGCUAUGGACAAACCUCUUUCGCUGGAAUUGCGUCCGAAGAUUUGUUAAAGGCCAUUCUGAAGGUUUAUCCACAAAGUCAAUGUGAACAAGAUUAUCCACCUGACAAGCUGUCUCGUAACCUUAGGAAAGGUAUAACAAAAAAUUUCAUCUGUGCCACAGAUCCAGAGAAUCUAAGAGACACUUGCCAAGGUGAUUCUGGUGGACCCCUAGUUAAGGUAAUGCUUGGAAGACCAUAUAUUGUUGGUGUUACUUCGUUUGGCGUUGGCUGUGCAUCAGGAAUGCCUGGUAUUUACACCAGGGUCUCCGAGUACAUACCCUGGAUGGAGAAGAUUAUCUGGCCGGAUGUUAAAAUAUUAUUGAAUAUAAUUUUGGUCAAAGGCUUAAUCGAGUCAUCUAAUGCGGAUAAAAACAAUGAAACUAGACACGUUUGUAAUAUCAGCGGCGAACCCAGUCUAUGCGUUCCCCGUACCCGUUGUAAAUCCAAUAAAAAUAUUAUUCAUUUCUACGAUGAUCAAUGCGAUACGGAUCCUAAGGAAAUUCCUCGGAUUUGCUGUUUAAAAUCAAAUAUAUUAGUACCUGACGUGGACAAGCAACCUAUGGUUACUGUAAAUCGACCUUACAAAAAUUUGGCCAAGGAAAAGUGCGAUGACUAUUAUCUUCCUAUACACGGUAUAACUCAUGGCGAACAAGUCGUCUCAAAAAGAGAAUUUCCAUUUAUGGUCGCUUUAGGAUGGAAAUCCAAAAACGACAACGCGACAAUCGUAUAUAAAUGCGGCGCCAGUUUUAUCGCAGCCAGAUAUGUCCUUACGGCUGCUCAUUGCUUUUACGAUAACGACGGUUUACCUUCUGUUGUGCGAGCGGGUGGUAUAAGCCUUGCCGAUCCUCAUGUACAAAAUAUUGAAAUCGCUGAGUGUAUCGAACAUCCUGAUUAUGAAUAUCCAUCAUCCUAUAACGACAUAGCGUUAGUCAAAAUGGCUUAUUAUAGAGACCCGAGCGCUAUGUUAGAACCGGCAGCAUGUCUUUGGACACCUUAUCAUGAAUUAUACGAUGACGAAUACGUAAUUGUUUUAGGUUAUGGACAAACCUCUUUCGCUGGAAUUGCGUCUGAGGAUUUGUUAAAGGCCACUCUGAAGGUUUAUCCACAACGUCAAUGUGAACAAGAUUAUCCACCUGACAAGUUAUCUCGUAAUCUUAAGAACGGUAUAUCAAAAGAUUUUAUCUGUGCCAUAGAUCCAGAGAAUCUAAGAGACACUUGCCAAGGUGAUUCUGGUGGACCCCUAGUUAAGGUAAUCCUUGAAAAACCAUAUAUUGUUGGUGUUACUUCGUUUGGCGUUGGCUGUGCAUCAGGAAUGCCUGGUAUAUACACCAGAGUCUCCGAAUACAUUUCCUGGAUAGAGGAGAUUAUCUGGCCGGAUGAGAGAUGGGCAUAAAGCAAUAAACGGAUAGUUUCACUGCUUUAAACUUAUGGAAUGUCAGAUUUGUUAUGAAGAUUAUAGCUGGAAUGAGAAGAUUAGGUUAAGCUAUUGAAAAUUUAUCUAAUUUCUUUUGCUAUAUCUAUAGAGCUGUUUUUGUAACUAAGCAAAUCAUGGAACUCGAGUUCAUUUUAUUUUCCACAAGUAAAAUUAUUAAAUAAAAUAUUUCAAAAAGAAUUAAAA